GCGACUAUUUAAUUCUGUUUUCCACGCUAUUAUAAACUUUCAACAAUGUCCACUUUAGAACUCUCCAUCUUCCUUCAUUUUCUUCUUCCUCCUCCUUUCUUUGACAAUUGGCAUUGACCUUUCUCUUUCACACACUCACGCACUUACUACGUGUGUGUAUAUAUAUAAAAGAAAUAUAUAUAGACACACAAUUUGUUUGAUCCAGCAUUUUUCAACUGUAUAUUUGUAAUGAUUGUGGAGACGGCGUUGGAAGUACUGGUGCCGUCGUGGUGGGAGGUGAAAAUCACCGUCGCGGCGACGGUAUUUGUUGUCAUUUCUUACUGGUUCUUUGCGUUCGGCGGCGAUGAUGAUGAUUCUGGUGGUCGUGGUGUUGCCGUUGAUGAUGAUUCCGGUAUCGUCGUUGAUAAAGACAAGAUGGGCCAGCUAAAAGGAGACCCUCAAACUAAUUCUGCAUAUAUAAUCAAGGUUGAACUGUUAGCUGCUAAAAAUCUCAUUGCUGCUAAUUUGAAUGGCACGUCAGAUCCAUACGCAAUCAUCACUUGUGGUGCACAAAAAAGAUUUAGUUCAAUGAUCCCUGGUUCAAGAAAUCCUAUGUGGGGGGAGGAGUUCAACUUUUCUGUUGAUGAGCUUCCAGCAGAGAUAAAUGUGACAAUAUAUGAUUGGGACAUAAUUUGGAAAAGUGCUGGUCUUGGUUCAGUGACUGUACCUGUUGAAAAUGAAGGCCAGACAGGUGCUGUUUGGCAUACAUUGAACAGCACAUCGGGGCAGAGGUUCUAUCCCGAUGAAACUAAAUCCUGCCCGUAUCUUUUCCAGGUUUGUCUUCACAUUAAAACAGUAAAACUCAAUAUCAAUUCAUCAAGGGGUUUGAAUGGUGCUAAUACUCGUAGAAGGAUUCCUUUGGAUAAAGAAGGGCCUACUGUGGUUCAUCAGAAACCUGGGCCACUGCAAACAAUCUUUGAUCUCCCUGCUGAUGAGGUUGUUGAACAUAGUUAUUCUUGUGCACUUGAGAGGUCAUUUUUGUAUCAUGGACGUAUGUAUGUCUCCUCAUGGCACAUUUGCUUCCACUCAAAUGUAUUCUCAAAGCAAAUGAAGGUAGUUAUUCCUCUAGGAGAUAUUGACGAGAUAAGGAGGAGCCAGCAUGCAUUCAUUAACCCUGCUAUUACAAUAAUUCUGCGUACAGGUGCUGGCGGCCAUGGGGUACCUCCUUUAGGAAAUCCUGAUGGGAGAGUACGAUAUAUGUUUGCUUCUUUUUGGAAUAGGAAUCAUGCAAUCAGAGCCUUGCAACGAUCAGCAACGAACUAUCAUGCCAUGCUAGAAGCAGAGAAAAAGGAGAGGGAACAGUCAGCACUACGUGCACAUAGCAGUUCGGUUAAAGGAAGUAAAAAGAUGGAUAUGAGUCGGGAAGAAAAUGUGCCAAGGUCUGAGAAGUCUCAGCCUUUUAUUAAGGAAGAAGUCCUUUCUGGUAUAUACAAUGACAUCUUCCCAUGUACACCUCAGCAGUUUUUUGACUUAUUAUUGGCUGAUGGUUCAAAUUUCACUAACGAUUACCGUACAGCACGCAAAGAUUCUAAUCUCAAUAUAGGUCAAUGGCAUUCUGCUGAUGAUUAUGACGGUCAAGUCAGAGAGAUUACAUUCAGAACCAUUUGUAACAGUCCUAUGUGUCCCCCAGAUUCAGCAAUGACGGAAUAUCAGCAUGCCAUUUUGUCACCAGAUAAGAAAAUGCUGGUUUUUGAGACUGUACAACAGGCCCAUGAUGUCCCGUUUGGAUCAUGCUUUGAGGUUCACUGUAGAUGGUCUUUAAAGGCAUCUUCUGAAUCAUCCUGCAUUUUAGACAUAAAAGUUGGUGCACAUUUCAAGAAAUGGUGCAUUAUGCAGUCUAAAAUUAAGGCAGGAGCCGUUGACGAGUACAAGAAGGAGGUUGCAACUAUGAUUGGAAUGGCUCGCUCAUGUGUUGAAUCCAGAAUCUCAGGAAAUGAAAUGCAAAAUGCUGCAUCUGAACCUCCCCCUACUCAAGAGAACGUCUAAUUUAGGGAAUAUUGUAAGCAUCAGGGGAAUUUUUGAAAGUGUUCCAUAAUUCUGGUUCGUUUGUUUGUAAGUAAAGAUAGUACCACUAGUCCAUGUAAUGUCAUCACAAUCUUUGGAUAGUAAUUGCACCCUAUUCCUCCAACGGAGGUCAGGUGGUGCGCUUUUGUAAAAUUUAUGGACACAAUUUUGUUGUAAAGAUAGAUAAUUUUCUUUUUUCCUAAUUUUCUCAAAUGUGUUUUUCUCAA